AUAUGCACUAAAUUUCGAGGUAAAUUACCUGCGGGUUACUCUGUGGUGCAAGCACAAAAUCAAUCCAUGCAUAUUUCACAAUUUGUUCGCUUUCCAUAGGACAAACCAAUAGUGCAUUUUUCUCUAUCUUUGAUGCAAAUCAUGCUUGAAGAACCUUAUUACCAGAUAAACACAGUUUUUCUAACUGUGUGAAAUAAAAUUUCCUUUUCCAGGACAGGCAAGCUUGGCGAACUGGAAGGCCUGAUAAGAUGCUUGGCAAUGUGGAGUAUUGAUUCUCCAUGGUGGUAGUGUUGUUUCAAAAGUACUGUGUGGACUGUAGUGUAACCGUUGUCUAUUUUGCUUUAGGUCCUGGCCAUCCCAUGAAACCCCAACGUCUGACUCUCACUCACAGUCUGGUUCUUCAUUAUGGCCUUUAUAAAAAGAUGGCGGUUUACAAACCGUACCGAGCUACAGCACAUGACAUGGCUCGAUUCCACGCCGAUGAUUAUAUUGACUUCCUACAAAGAGUCUCGCCCCAGAAUGUGCAAGCAUUCACAAAAAGUUUGAGCAUUUACAAUGUGGGUGACGAUUGCCCCGUGUUUGAUGGCAUCUUUGAUUUCUGUUCGAUGUAUACUGGUGCUUCACUAGAGGGCGCCAAUAAGCUUAAUAACGGAAUGUGUGACAUAGCUGUGAACUGGUCCGGUGGAUUGCAUCACGCUAAGAAGUUUGAAGCAUCUGGGUUCUGUUACGUGAAUGAUAUUGUUAUAGCCAUCCUGGAAUUACUCAAACACCAUCCCCGAGUUCUCUACGUUGACAUAGAUAUUCAUCAUGGUGACGGAGUACAGGAGGCGUUCUACCUCACAGACAGAGUUAUGACACUUUCAUUCCACAAGUAUGGAAAUUACUUUUUCCCUGGAACAGGUGAUAUGUAUGAAAUCGGGGCAGAAAGUGGGCGGUAUUACUCGUUGAAUGUCCCAUUGAAAGAAGGCAUAGAUGAUCAGACAUAUAUGAGCAUAUUCAAGCCAGUCAUCAAUAACGUGCUAGAAUUCUUCAAGCCUUCCUGUAUUGUCCUACAAUGUGGUGCUGACUCUCUUGGCUGCGACAGGCUUGGUUGCUUCAACCUAUCGAUAAACGGCCAUGGAGAGUGUGUCAAAUUUGUAAAGAACCUUGGCCUGCCGACGUUGAUUUUAGGAGGAGGGGGUUACACGGUGAAAAACGUGGCAAGAUGUUGGACAUACGAGACCUCCAUUAUUGUCGAUGAAGACAUCAGCAAUGAUCUUCCUUAUAAUGAAUAUUUGGAAUUCUUUGCACCUGACUUCUCUCUCCAUCCAGAUCUUAAUGCGAAACAGGCAGAAAAUCUCAACUCUAAGGCCUAUCUAGACAGCAUACGACAAACAAUUGGUGAACACCUGAAAUGCUUGGCUCAUGCCCCGAGUGUCCAGAUGCAGGACAUCCCACAAGACCUCCUCAGCUUUGAAAAUAUUGAGGAACCAGACCCAGAUGUCAGAAAUCAUGAUGGCGAGAUCAGUACCAGACCCGAAGCAGCAAAUGAAUUUUUUGACGGUGACCGAGAUAACGAUAAAGAAAAUGAUGGCUUUUUGGACGUAUGAUGAAGGCAAAGAGACAAUAUUUCACUGUGAGGGAGAUGGCUCCUAGAGCAUCAUGGACAGAGCAUCAUGGAUGGCUCCUAGAGCAUCAUAUGUCAGCUCUGGUCUCUCAAGAUGUCUCAGUUGUGUGAAAAUGAAAUCUCUCGGGAUAUUCUAACCAACUGCAUGAAAUCAUUUAAGGAUAAAGGAAAUCUUGAGUGGAGAAGAUUCGAGUCGAUUACCC